AUCUCCUUUCCAAUGGCAGAAGCUGAACAGAACGAACUGCAGAAGCAAAGCAGGGACAGAGCAGGUUGUCUCCGUAUAACAAGCAGCUCGGAUCAUUUGAAGAAGCAAAUUGUUCAGAAAGAGCAAGAGAGAUUUUGCCAGGGCAGCUGCAGAUAUCUUGGAGAGGGAUUAUACUUGGCAGCAAGCCUGUCUGAAAUCUGAGGCUGGAAACUGGUGACUGGAGAUUAGAAUUACACUGGGCACCUGCCACUACUGGGAUAAGAACUGGUGAGUGAGGAUCCACUGAGAGGUGAUCAUGGGCAGAGUUUGGGGGGACCCCUGGACUGGGGACUGGAGCAGAUACAUCACAUGAGUAACCCCUUCAGUUCAUAGCAAACUACUGUAAUUAAUUCAUUAGUGACACAAGGAACAUGGCUAGGGGACUUUCUCUCUGAAGAAGAUUUUUGAACAUUCUGAAACUUAUAUAUUUGUGAUACUGACAUUGCUGAAACUGUUACAGUGACUACUGGCAUUUCUCUCUUUUUUUUUUUUUGGAAAAUAAAUAUUAAAGAGAAAUAGAGGUGUAUGUAAGUGCAUGUAAAAAAAAAACUGGAACUUAUAUUUGGAUUUUUUAGUGGCUACAUGAAAUAAGACAGUGAAAAUAUUGCAGAGUGAGUGGGCCUUAGUGAGUAAUGGGCCAUGCAAGACCCAAAGGUGGACCCAAAAAGUUCACUAUUUUAUUUGCAAGAGAACCCUACCCUGUGAAUCUGCAAGACUGUUUCAUAUUUAUUCUUUUAAGGCUUUGGCCCUGAAUCACCUGACUUACAUCGAACAAGUUAAGACAGGAUUUGUUGAAGUUCUGCUUGGACGUAGGUGGUCAUCCUAAAGACCUGGCUCUUCUGAGAUGGUCCUCCUGCUGUCUCAGGACAGACUGGCCCCUAUCAGCCUGAUUAUCUUGUGUUGGUAUCUUCUUGUGGUAGUUGUACAAAGUUGUGGCCCAGGAAAAGGCUAUGGGGGCAUGAGAAGACAGUUCAAAAGGCUGCCUCCUCUUGUAUAUAAACAGUUCAUUCCUAAUGUGGCUGAAAAGACCUUAGGAGCCAGCGGGAGGACUGAGGGGAAGAUCACCAGACAUUCUGAGAAAUUCAAAGAACUGACUCCAAAUUACAAUCCAGACAUUAUAUUUAAGGAUGAAGAAGGCACUGGUGCAGACAGACUGAUGACCCAGCGCUGUAAGGACAAGUUGAACUCUCUUGCAAUUGCCGUCAUGAACCAGUGGCCAGGGGUAAAGCUGCGAGUGACAGAAAGCUGGGAUGAAGAUGGACACCACUCAGCAGAUUCUCUGCACUACGAGGGAAGGGCUGUGGAUGUGACCACAUCAGACCGUGACCGCAACAAAUAUGGCAUGCUGGCCAGGUUAGCCGUGGAAGCAGGGUUCGACUGGGUAUAUUAUGAGUCUAAAGCACACAUCCACUGUUCUGUUAAAUCAGACAACUCCCUAGCUACAAAGACUGGUGGAUGCUUCCCUGGCAAAGCUCAGGUAAAGUUGGCAAGUGGUGAAACCAAAGCAUUAUCUGACCUUCACGUCAGUGACUGGAUUUUAACAGCUGACAGUGCAGGACGUCUUACACCAACUAUAGUCUUGCUUUUUCUGGACAUUGAUCCUAAGAAAAGGACAUCUUUUAUAGUUUUAGAAACAGAGGAACCAAAAAGAAGACUACAGCUGACACCAUCUCACUUGCUUUUUAUAUCCAAAAACAGAUCAAAAAGUAUGGAAACUUUCCAGCCAACUUUUGCCAGUCGGGUGCAAAUUGGUAACUUUGUGUUGGUCUAUAAAGAAGGGCAUUUUAUACGACCUGCUAGAAUAAUUAAUGUUUCCACUGAAGAAGACAUUGGAGUGUAUGCUCCACUAACAUCCCAUGGCACAUUACUAGUCAACGAAGUGCUUGCAUCAAACUAUGCUGUCAUAGAGAAGCACCAAUGGGCACAUCUGGCAUUUGCACCAUUUAGAUUCUUCCACUCACUUGUCUCAUCUCUUCCUUCAUUUCUUUCCCCCCCUGUUAAUAUCACACAAGAGGCAGGAGUUCAUUGGUAUUCCCGCUUCCUGUAUAAAUUGGCUAAGGUGGUUUUGGAUGAAGAGCUGUUUCAUUCAUGAAUUGUGUCUGGUGUCACAGGUUCAAGAGGAACGCAGCACAUGUGGUACCAGUAUUUCAGCUUUAAGGUAUAAGCUGUGCCUGUCUGGUUGCUAUGUUUGAAUCGUGCAAUGUGGACAGGGUUAGAACACAGUAUAUUCUGUGCAAAUAAGCUGCAGGAAAGGUGUAAUAUGAUUCUACAUAAAAGUCUGCAUCAGAGAACAUUUUGUUUUCAAUCUAGGCAGGUGGCAUGGCCAAACUUUCUCUGCACCAAUUCACUUUUUAUCACUAGCCUUCACUGUUAGCAAGACAGUGGCUGCCACGCCGAAGGUGCUAAGAAGCAGUAAUUAGUAAUUCAUAACCUUCAGAUCAAUGACUCAGCCCUAGGAAAAUACUGAGACCAAGCCCCAUAUGCAUCAACACUGCUGGGUACUGUAGUAACUAUCUGAAGGUAACAUUGUACUAGGAAUGGUAGAGUGUUUUUAAAAAUCUGCAUUUUUGCUGUUUUGGCUAAUAAAAAGGGAUGCACAGUUAACAGAGAGCUUUGUAACCCCAGAAAGAAUUCUUAUAACCAGUUGCCUUUUCAGUACACAGAGAUAAAGCCCUAAUUGUGCUGGCCAGGGAUCAUUUAGAACCCAAGCACUGGAGGAGCCAUAGUUAAUGAGGAGGGGUAGGCUUGAGUCCCUGAAACUGGCUUAUCCAUGCUAUGAAGAAGGAAGGUGGCCCAAUCUUUUGCAUUACUAAUACUUGGUGAAUAUUUUAUUAAGAUAGCACAUGGAACGAGGUAUGCACUCUGACCUUCUGGACUACCAAACAGUCCAUAGCACUGUAUGUGAAUGGGGCAUGCAUGCAUCACUGAGCCAGUUUUGCAGGCCCCCCCCCCCCAAUCAGCAGCCCUCAGUUUAGGCCACUGGGUGGGGUUGAGGGCUACAAACCUAGGAGAAAAACUCUUGUCUCUGUAGGAUAAUUGCCAGGGAUCCCCAACUCUCACCUAGCUUGAACACCUGGAAUGGGGCAGGAAAUGGACCACUAAAAGAUAGGAGCACUCAGUGGCUGCAGGGAUAGAGGAGAAAAACAGAGAGAAAUGUAUUUUUGUAACCACCAAAGAUUUCUUUGAUAUUAUGUAUUAUUUUUCAGCAAAGGCAUCAGAGAUUGAUAUAACAAAUUUGGUUUUUCACAGGUGGCUGAUUUUCAUCUAUGGUUAACCACUGUUCACAAAAAAAUCAAGUUUCCCUGUUUCCACAAGUUUAGCAUAAUAUCACUGUUGGGCAUACUUCUCAGGAAAGGGUGUUACCCUUUUCAAGAUCGAGAAAACUGGGGAUGGCCUCUAAGGCUAUGCUGUCCUGUGGCAUAUUUUGAGUCACUCAAAGACUGUGAAAGUAAUGGUGAAUCACAUCUCUGCUAUUCUUCCGUGGCUUGGUAGUUAUUCCCCCCCCCCCCCUCUACAGUCCUCCCCAAGUUAUAGACAUAAAAUGAUGACAAACUGGGUUCACACUACCACAUAAAAAUCUUAAGAUAUCGAUUGUGCUUUCUCCUCCAGUAUCAUCACCAAGACUUUUCUGUCCUCCACCAUCUGGAAGAGGUUUGACAGUGAUACCCAUAUCCCUCCAACCUUGGGUGAAGUGUAAUUCAUAACAUUUUCAGCCUCUCACUCCUGUCCCAGCCCUUUGUUUACCUGUAUUAGUCAGUGGCAUCUCAGUCAGAAUCCAUCCUUCUAUAGCAGCAAGCCAGAUUUCAGCAGGUUUUAAAACCUGAUUGUAUUCUGUAUCGUUGUUGGGAUUCUAUUUAAUAAGUAUUACCGUACCUUAAUAGUUUACCAUUUCGUGGGUCAUUUCUCUUUAACUGUACUAAGUAAAAUUUACUGGCUAAGCAUCUCCUCCCUGGAAGUUGUGGGUGUACUGUCUGGAUGGGCGGUAAGGGUAAAACUUAAAAAUAAUGGCAUUUGUAGUAAAUGACAGCUGUUAAACCAGAUAAGAAGUCAUAAUCUGAAAUCUGUUAAAUCAGCAUUUUACUUACAGUGAACUGCAGAGAGACUGCAGACAACCGGUUGUUGUAAUACAUACUGACUCUGAUCUUAUCUGCUACUGUUUUGUCUUUGUGACAUGCUUUUCUUCCAUUCUUUUCAAAAAGCCCCAUUUAGUUUCCUGUAGAAACCAGCUUUACAUAUAGCAGUUUGUACAGCUGCAUUGAUUGCAGAGGAGUAUAUCUUCCCACUUUCACUAACUGGCAAGGUAGUAAACAAACCUGUUGGCAAAAGUUAAAUUGUAAACAUGUGUGAUAUUAAUCAAUAACGGAUUUGAAACUGGAUGGGGUUAUAAAUUUAGCUGUUCGUUAUGUAAUCACUUAGCUUAUUACUGAAAAGCUAAAAGUCUGAAUCCAUCUGGUUGCAGCUCAGAUAUUCAUAGUUUGCUGGUACUUCAUUAUUAAUAAAUUAUUAAUAAAUUAUUAAUAAAACUUGCUUCAUGGGUAUAGUGCCCCUUUUGUAGCUAAGAUGCUGCACCUUAAACAUGGUUUCUCAAGGAACACUGUUUUAAUAAGCAGAUGGCACAAUAUGAGGUACACAGGGUCUUGCUUCCAUGUAUGAAAUCAGUAAGCAUUUUGGAAGUACAGGGUUUCACUUUAAACAAUAUCAGUCAGCGAUCAUGUGAGAGAUGGGACCUUUUUUGCUAAGUUGUUAAUAUACCAGUAUGGGAAGCACACAAUUUCACCAAUUAAGACUGAUUAAUAUAUCUUGGUAAAUGAAAUGAUUCAUUAAUGUUUCAUGCAUAGGAUUUGAUGUAAAUAUGUUCAUUCCAUACUGCAAAAAAACACAAGACUAUGCUAUAAAUUUUAGGAUUUUGUUGUAAAGAAAUAUGACUCACCAAUGUGGAAUAUAGGGUCGUCCAGUAUAUAAGUCAUCUCACUUUUCUGGGAAAUAAGCAAUCCUAAAUUAUUGUAGCUGCUUUAAAUAAUGACAAUAUGCAUGUAUUUUUUUUCCUUGAACACAAGGAAGAAAUCAUGAGAAACAUGUAGGAAAGCACCACUGAAACAAUUAACCCUGAGUUCCAGGUAAAAGCACCCAUAAAGUAGAAUUAUGCUUUAUUCUAGAAUAAUUUUGAGGUGUGAUACUAGUAUGAGACCUAUUAACACCCUCCUUUAUGGGGACAGUAACAGUGACAGUUGCAUUAAAUCAAGCCUUGAAACCUUCCUUCUCUAGCCAGCUAUGACACCCAGAUUACUCAAGGACCUUGCAAUGCUAUAGCUGGUAUUUCUGUCCUAAUUAUCAGAAUUAUACCCCUUAUCAGUACUUUUUGUUAAAACUGAAAUCACCCUAAAGAACUCUUUAAUAACUACAGUGUUUGAAAAUUACUCCAUAAACUAUGCAAAACUUAGGACUUUAAUCUAGAAUGGGGGAAUCCAUUUCAAUGCAUGAUGAAACAGCUAAUUAUAAUGUGGAAAGAAAUGACUAACACAUAAAGGAUUAGGUCAAUGUCAGAAAACUCCAUAAAUAUUUGUAAGGCAAACAGUCCAAAACCAUCUCCAGAAGGCAAAGUGAAGCUCAAGUACCAUUUUAUAACUUUAAAUAAUUAUAACAUACAUAAAAUAAAAAUGAAGGCUACAAAGCAGUCAGUAAAAUAACACUUGUAUAAAAUUGCUGGCUUUUGAACUAUAUAGUACACUUGCCCUUCUUCCUCAUGAAAUGAUAUUUGUGAUUCAUUUUGUCUUUGGGUGCCAUUUUAUCCUGGCAGUGUUAGAUGAUUUUCAAAGCCAAUUACACAAGAUUAAAGUUAUGUGGAAGUACCUGACCCGAUGAAGUGUUUUUUAUGCCACAAUCUGUGAUAUUGAGUCACUGAUCCAUACCUGUUAUUUACCCACAGAUGAAAGCUUACUUUUUGGUCAUCUGAGGCAAACUACCAGUUUAUGCAGGUAUGAUUAGAAAAAGAGCUAGUACUGUAAUGCAUGCUAUGGUGUGUGUAUGUGUGUGUGCAUUGGGGGGGGGGAUUAAUAAUAUUGAAAAUAUAUGUACAAACUGUCUGUUAAAUUGGGACAGCUGGAUGGGUUUGUAAAGAAAUGCUCUGUAUUAUUUCUGUUUUCCUUCUUGCAUGGUAAAGACCAAAAGUACUUGGAAGUGCAGACAACCGUUUCCAGGUAAAUGUCAUCGUUUUUACUUCUCAGAUGCAUUUUUGUGUUGAAUUGUACUGUUAGGCAGGCAGGAUUAACUAAUGACCUUGACAAUGCUGACAAAUAAAAAAGAAGGAAUACACUCCAAGAGGGAUAUAAUCUAUUGUAUUUGACAUUUUAAUAAAUACUGAGAAUAUAUUUUUCUACAUAUAUAACUUUUAAGAAAUCAUUCCUUGGAUUAUGUAAACUUGUAUUUUAAAAAAAGUCUUGUCGUUUUAACCUAAUCUGGCCUGGUCCAGCUAAAGUUUAUUUUUCUACUCAUAAAUUGUAAUAUAAUUUUGUUUUGGAAUUGUUUAAUUUGACUGGAAAUCAGAUAUUAUUUGUAAUAUCAGCAGGUUAAAACUCUGUUAUUUUAAUGUUUAUUGUUAAUUUAAUGUUUUUGUUUCUUUAAUAAACCAAUUCCAGUAUUUGUGGUAUAGAGAU